AUGGGCUGCAUUUUAGAGGAGAUAGACCUUUGGAUAUGGACCCCUCAAAGCCGUUGUUGUGCCUCUGAUAGCCUUUUCUCCCGCUACGCCCCCCAUCCCCCGGCGCGGAAGACAUCAACCCAUAAGAAGUCCAUCAUUGCUGGAUCUUUACCUGCUAUUCUGGCCCAGAUGUACCUCGACGACAAGGUCAAGUCGCCUGGACUUCGCCACUUAUUUGUCGCUUCGAUGGCGACGUUUUAUGGCAGCCCAACUUUGGAAGUUGAUAGAGUUUUUCUCUUCUCCUUACAGACGAAGUUCAGGCCUGGCGACGUGGCCAGAAGAUGUGCUUUCAAAAAGGCGGAGAAAUAA